AUGAGAGGCGGGCCGCCUGGUGGAGCGUGGGUGGUGCCGGGGAUGAGCUGCAACGGGUGCCGCGUGCUGCGCAAGGGGUGCAGCGACGCGUGCGUGCUGCGGCCGUGCCUGCAGUGGAUCGACGGUGCCGAGGCGCAGGGCCACGCCACCGUCUUCGUCGCCAAGUUCUUCGGCCGCGCCGGCCUUAUGACGUUCCUCACCGCCGUCCCCGAGCCGCGGCGCCCAGCCGUGUUCCAGUCGUUGCUGUACGAGGCGGCCGGGAGGACGAUCAACCCGGUGGGCGGCGCCGUGGGUCUGCUCGGCGCGGGGAGCUGGCAGCUGUGCCAGGCGGCGGUGGAGACGGUGCUGCGGGGCGGCGCCAUCGGCCCGCUGCCCGAGUUCGACGUGGGCCGCGACACGUUUGCUCUGGCGGCGAGGCGGGCCGUGGGGUGCUCGACGUUCUCCACGGCGAAGCGGGCGCCGACGACGAGGACGAACGUGGGGGCGGCGCCCGUCGUCCCACCGCCGGAGCCGUCGUGCGACCUCGGGCUGUGGCUCAGCCCCGGGUCACCCCCGGCGCAGGGUGAGCGGCGGCGGCCCGGCACACCGUCCAUGACCUCCGAGGAGUCCGUGACGACGACGACGACGACGACGAGCGGCGGCGCGCGCGGUGGGAGGGAGCCGGAGCUGCUGAACCUUUUUGUCUGA